AGGAAGCUCCACGGCCGGAGCAGCCCCGGGAGCCGCUGCCCCAGGAGCCGCUGCCCCUCCACAGCUCCGCUCGGGCCGCCGCCGGAGCAGCCCCGGCACAGAUCCUGGCCAUGUUGGCGUUUUUGGUAGUGCUGUGUCAACUGCACGUGAUGAUGUUCGCGUUUCCUCACUGCCCUGGGAGAUUAAGUAACUUGAAGCAACCUGAAUGGAAAGAUGUGUUCACCUCUGAAAAGGAGGCCAAUUUAUUCAUCGGACGACACCUUCUGAACAACAGAUUUGAUUUCGAAGUAUUCACAGCAGAUAACCUGGAAAGAGAAUGCUAUGAAGAGCUGUGCAACUAUGAAGAAGCAAGAGAAAUUUUUGAAGACCAUGACAAAACGAUGGAUUUUUGGAAAGACUAUUCAACUAAAGGCCCUAAAAUAAAAAUAGGAGAUGAGACACUACAAAAGAUCAAUGUCACAGGACUUCUCAUCAGUCUCGUUGCUGCUGGAGUACUGUUGGUUAUAAUUGCACUGAUUGUCUUCUACUGCUGCAAAAGUAGAUGCAAAUCAAGGCAACCACCAGGGUACUUGCAUUACGUCGGAAGCAGGCGGCGUGGCUCAGCCAACAUCUUCAGAAGGCACGAGGAGUUUUCUUUGAACCCACUUCCCCCCAGAACUGAUGAUUCAGGACUCCCCACUUAUGAGCAGGCAGUGACUUCAGACGGACAGCACAACGUGCCACCACCCCCUUACCCAGGGCCCCCCAGGGGGACGUGGAUGUUCCGAAAGUCGAUGUCCCUUCCUGCCCCCUAAUCACAAACCUCCUUCUGGGCUGAGGGGGGGACUCCUGAAGCAUCACAUGCAUUUGAAGGAGUGUGUGCUACCUUGCAUAUUGCAAGACGCCUUACAGAAACAUGAAAGAUCUUCAGGACAAUGAGGAACGAGUGAAGUUCCCAUUUGGGAAAGGAGCUCACCUUUCUGCAGAGGCUGCAGGGCUGUUCUUUGCACAGAGCCACUGUGCUGAGAGGGGGCAGUGCACGAAGAGCAAGGCUGGGACUGCUGCCCUCUUCCAUCUGCACUUUGAGCCAUCCCAUCAAACUAUUGAUGUUUCAUUAAUAGUUUCUUUUUUUUUUUUUUUGUCUCUUCGGAAGGAACAGUAUUUUAAUUGCUCUUAUUGACACUAGCAAUUUUUUGUGACUUAGUACUUUAAACCACCAUAAGAAGUCUACUUUUUGUUGAAGCCCACGUGUUCACUUCCUUGCUGUGUGAAUUUUCUAUUCGCUCUAAUAACUGAUUUGAGUGUGAAAAUUAUUUCAUGACU